UGUUUUUCUGAUGGUUGGCCGCGUCCUUCUUUUACCCGCAACGUUUUAAGUCGUGACCCGCGAUUUUCCCAGAGGGGGGAAAAAAAAAAAUGGCAGAGUGGAAGACGCAGGUAACUUACAACUACAACCCGUCUUAUCAUACCUACGCCUACAGUCUCGUGUACCAGACGGUACCCGAGCAGAAUCACGGGAACCUGCCUGCCUGGGACGACAGCGGAGUCCCGGACUACAACGGUGAGGCGCCGGAGAACCUUUGCGCCGCCGUCGCGCCGAUUGCCACCAUGAACGGGAAAGAGUCCCCGCCGCGCAGCCCCGAGACCGUGACGGAAAGUUAUCAGGGUGCCGGACUCGUGUACCUCCGUGGCACCCAGGCGGACCACCAAGCUGAGGCCUAUGGAGACGGAGGGGGUGAGGCGAAGCGAGCCAGGAGCGACUCGGUCAGCGACUCUGAAGCGCACACUUCACCUGAUUCUUGGAGCUCUGUCAGCAGCCGUGAAGGAAGUCUUCCUCAGGUGGACCCCACUACCUGGGUUGAGAAGGAUGUUGAUGAGGAGCCUGUCAUCAGAAACCUGGAUGCCAAUGAGGAUGUUUCCAGCUCUUUCAUGGAGGACUCCCAAAACUUGGCCACACUCGGGAACGGGGACGGGAACAACUCAAUCCCUGCCCCCCUUCCUGACCCAGAGACGCCCAGCACCCUUACUGCAGCUAAUCCUAAAGUGAAGAGCCGGGCAACCUUUACAGAGAGUCAGAUGAAUGCUCUCGUCCAGCGCUUCAGUGUUCAGCGUUACCUCACUCCAGCUGAGAUGAAGAACCUGGCAGACAUGACUGGACUGACCUAUAAACAGGUGAAGACCUGGUUUCAGAACCGGAGGAUGAAGCUCAGGAGGCAUCAGAAGGAUACCAGCUGGGUGUCAGAGCGCUAUGCCAUCCACAAGGACACUUCCAUUCACAGACCGGUCUUGUCCAACAUGGCCUCACACAUCCCACCUUAUCAAGGAGAUGGUCGGCCCCAGUUCAGGGAGCAUUACAACCAGCACGCGAUGGAGGCAGCUUUCAAGAAGACCCCACCAAAUCUGGCCUACUAUCUUGCUGCUGUGGGCAGCACACCUGGAUCCGCUGGUUAUCCACCUUGGUCCACUAAUGCGUCCCAGGCCAGUGUCUCAAACCAGCCCCAUAAUGCUAGGUGGGCCGUACCACAGGGGGGUGGCCCCUUUGAUUACAGCCCCAACACAUUCAACUCAAACGCCUACAUGCAUGCUGCACGCUUUGAAAGCAAAGAGGGGGAGCCUGUAAACAGCUCCCUAAACACAGCUGUAAUGCAUAAUGGAAAUCAGUAGCUAGUGUGGGUAGUUACGGAAACCAUUAGUGAUUCAAUGAGAUGUUGAUGGUGAUUUUCAAAGUUGCUCACCUCAUUUUGUAGUGAAAUGUGAUUUUAAGCAGACUGCAUUGUUCUGUAUCUGAUUUCAAUGUACUAUUUUUUUCUUUUUUCCUCUUUGUUUUAUUUUUAUAUGCAACUAUUUUAUGUGUGUUUUGAAUGCUUCGUCACAGCAGAUGCGUCCAGUUUGGACGCACUUUGAGCAAAAGGUUCACUGUGAUGCAAAGUAACAUACUUGACAUGCACAAUUUUGUAAAUGCGUUUUUUAAAAAAGAAAUGCAGGUACAAUUUACAA